AUCAUGCAGUCCAUCAAGUCGUAGAGAAAAACGACCUGUACCUGAAGAUUUAAAUGUUCCAACAAAAAAGAUUAAAGUUAGUAGUGACUCAACAGAACAAAAGCCUGUAGCACCUGUUGUUUCAGCAGGAAGUCCACCAAAAUUCAUUAGUGCAGCUGGGAAAGUAGCCAAAUGUCGACUGCAAAAUGUCGAAAGCCGAAUGUCGACAAUGUAA